AUGUGUAUGAUUAUUGUAUUAACAAUUAAAUUUUGGCAACUUGUUCUUUCACAAAUGUCAAUCAUAACUAAUAGAUCAAUACUGGUUAUCAAUUGUAUUUCAAUUGAAAUAAUUCUUAAAUCUUGUUUAGCAUCAAGUGAAUGGCUUAAUGCUUGUGUAGCUAUGGAAAGAAUGUUUAAUGUAAGCAAAGGUGUGACAUUUAACAAAAACAAGAGUAAGAUAAUAGCUAAACGAGUGAUUUUUGUUGUUAUUAUUUUAAUCAUACUUACACAUAUUCAUGAUCCACUUUAUCGACAAUUGAUUAAUGAUUUAGAUGGGGAUCAACAAAGAAUAUGGUGUAUAUCUCAAUAUUCAUCUACAGUAAUUAAAUACAACACAUUUAUUACUCUCUUUCAUCUUCUUGUUCCUUUUUCAAUUAAUUUGAUAUCUGCUUUUGUAAUUAUUAUAGUAGCAGCUCGUAGUCGUGCAAAAGUAGAAUCGAAACUAUCAUUCAAGCAACACGUUCGAUUGAUACUUAAAAAACAUAAAAAUAUUAUUAUUGCACCUAGUAUUUUGUUUGUAUUAGGUUUACCACGUCUUAUUAUUUCAUUCACAUCAGGAUGCAUGAGAUCACCACGUCAAUCUUGGUUAUAUUUGAUUGGUUAUUUUGUAUCCUUUAUUCCAUCAAUGUCAACAUUUUUUGUAUUUAUUUUACCAUCAAAAAAUUACAAAAGUGAAUUCGAUAAAAUAAUACAGCGAUGGAUUCGACCAUUCCGUCGAAGAUCUUAA